GCCGCGGUUAUGCCACAGCGCCACACGCAAACGAAGCAGACGCCGGCCGGUCGUGCGCAUAAAAACUAUUAAAUUCGAAAUUCAAAUUUGCCAAACGCUCCCGAAUUCUUGAACAGUGUUUAACAGAAACAUCACAUACUAACAGUUUGUGAACACGUGAUUAAACUAUAUUUGUGAAAAUCUAUGCAACUCUAGUGAUUCUGUUCCUAGUUCUCUAGUGUUCUGGGUCACGGAAUAUUGAUGAAUUAGUGAAGCAAUUGUACUAGCCCUUGACCCCGCUGCCAAGAUGGAAGAGAAGAAAGAAAUUAAUCUAGACUCGGUGCUGGAGAGCCUAGGUCCGUACGGACGCUACAAUAUACUCAAUUUCGUGUUGCUGCUUUUCCCGAUUUUGCUAAGCGCUUUCUUCGAGUGUGGAUUUAUUUUUGAGGCCCAACAGCAGAAUUACAGAUGCGAAAUACCAGGCUGCGAAGGGCUAUACAACGACACCUCAUGGCUCGAAUACUCGUUCGCCAUCCCGACCACACCAGACAAGAAACACUUGGAGUCCUGCUUAAGAUACGCGCCGACCGGCACGGGGUGCACGGCAGAUCAGUUCAACACCAGCAAUGUCGUGCCGUGUGAGAGAUACGUGUAUGAGAUUGAUCAAAGCUUUAUGCAAGAGUUCGACUUCGCCUGCCAAGAGUGGAAGCGCGCCCUGGUGGGCACCGUACACAACUCCGGCAUGUUCGCCGCCAUGCUCUUCACCGGGGCCAUCUCGGACCGCUUCGGCCGAAAGAUUGCCGUCGGGAUCGCGGCAACCGCUUCGCUGGUCUUCGGGAUCCUCCGAGGAUUCGCACCAGAUUACACCACUUAUCUUGUUAUGCAUUUCUUCGAGGCCGGCUUUGGGGGUGGGCUUUACCCGUCGGCGUAUGUUCUGAUUGUAGAACUGGUCGGCCUCAAGCAACGCGUCAUAGUAUCAGCCAUGUGCAACAUGGCCUUCGUGAUCGGCGUAGUAAUCCUCUCCGGCAUAGCCUGGUUCGUCAACAACUGGAGAACUUACGUCUUCAUACUCUACGCUCCUGCCCUCCUGGUCACAUUAUACGUCUGGUUCAUGAAUGAAAGCGCACGCUGGCUACUAAGCAAAGGAAGAAAAGACGAAGCGAUCAAAAUAUUGAUGUCCGCUGCCAAAAUCAAUAGACUGGACCCUAGAAAACUUGAAUUAGAUAAUCUCGGAGAUCCGCUUUUGAAAGCAGAGAAUCAAACUGAUGAUAAGAAAUCUCAAUUGUCCAAAGCGAUUCGCUCAUCUAUAAUAUGGAAGCGUCUAUUGAUCUGCAUGUUUCUGUGGAUGACUUGUUCUUUUGUGUACUAUGGAAUGACGAUAAACUCUGUGUCGUUGAGUGACAAUAAGUAUUUAAGCUUUAUGCUGGUGACGCUGGUGGAGAUACCGGCGUACGUGGUGGUGGCGUUAGUGCUGGACAGGUACGGGAGGAAGAAGACGUUGGUAGUGACGUACACGACGUGUGCCGCUACGAGCAUGCUGUUCGCUUUCUUGCCAAAGGCGGCCUGGUGGUCUACUGCGCUGUACCUCGUCGGCAAAUGGAGCGUGACCCUUGCCUACAGCUCCGUGUAUAUCUACGUGUCUGAGGUCUUCCCGACGAACAUGAGACAGACUUUGAUCAGCAUCUGUUCGACGGCUGGUAAGAUCGGGUCUUUGGUCGCGCCGAUGACGCCGCUAUUGACCUUCUACCACAAGUCCAUGCCCACGGUCCUGUUCGGCGGCAUGUGCAUCGUCUCAGGGCUUCUGGUGCUGAUACUGCCCGAGACGAGGAACACGCGGCUCCCGGACACGAUCGAGGAAGCAGAAGCAUUGUCCAAAAAACGGAACAAAGUUGACGAAUCUUAACAUAGGAAGCUGAUUUAAAUGAAUGUUGAUAAGUUUGGUAAUUGUCAUACAUAUUUCUACAAAUUGUUAAGGAUACCGUUGAUCUAAAAUUUUCAAUAUCCACCCGGACUGAUAGCUGAACAAAAUAUUAAAUGUAUUUUCAAAUCGCUAUCUAGCUAGGCUCUAGAGUAGGGACUCUAGACAAUAAGCCAGCCAUUAAACCAUUCGAAGAAAGCUUUUAUUUUAUACCGUAGACUUUGAUAAAUAUCAGCUAAGUUCAGAUAAUGGCAGCUAAGUUCAACAUGCAAUUUUAUAUUUAGUAUCCUUCCAUUUGAAUCCAAAAUUAAAUUUGCUUUGUGUGGAAUCGUUUGGCAGUAUUUUACUGCUUUUGGCAGAUAGCCCAUUCUCUAAUGCUGUUAGUGUUUUCUAUGUCUGAUUACAGAAUAGAAUUCAAAUUACCUUACGUUGCCCAUGAUUUAUUCUAGAGUAUAAGACUAAUAGUGACUGUAGUGAGAAUAUUAUGAAAGUAUGACUUAUUUAAUGACCAGGUUUUCUAAUUAUGUAUAGGAUCACUUGCUUCUCCAAUAGAUCCCACAUAGAAAAAAAAUAUGACUGUCUGUAAAGUCGGUUUACGGACGAUAAUUUUGCGUGAUAAAGUCUUAAGUAGACAUGGCCGUAACGUUACCAUUGAGAUCCGUCCACAACGUUACCAUGGAAAUAUGUCCACAACGUGACACUUUUUCGCACUUCGAUUUAUAAGAUGUUAUCACGUCAAAAAGCAUAAUGAAUAAAUUACCGUAAAAAACAAUGCAGACUUAAUUCGGUAACAACUACAAUAGAAAUAAAACAAGAAACGUUCAGUCAAUUUGUAUAAAUUUGCUAUUACUAGAAACAGUUUUAUUGAAUCGUAAAAUGUAAGAAGGUAUUGAGAAGUUUUUUACAACUUUAACAGUUCGGCCGGUUGCAUCUUCACAAUACGCUAUUAAAGCUACAAUGUACAGUGUCUUAUUGUCCGACAAUGUCGUAUAAGCACCUGUCGUAAAACUAGCUUAGAAAGUUUGAAGUAUUUUAUAAACAAAGUACUGUCAGAUUAAAUGUAAACAUUAUCAAACCCACAAAAGUCUGCUUUAAAGAAUAAAAUCAAUUUUACAGUUCGAGUUUCUUAUCAUUUUUACUAAAAUAUAUAGGUACAGUCAAGUGUAAAAAUAUGGGUGUAUCUGUAUAAUUAUCAUACUCAAAAAACUAUGGGAUAUAUUUUUGAGUAAUUAGCACCAAUAUUUUUACACUGGUUACUUUUGGUUUUGUUCAAGCCAAUCACGGCCGAAUACAAUUUUAUAGAAAAUCGGUUAGAUUUUUCGAUUUUGGUGAUUUGUGUUUAUUUAUAUGUUAUACAUUGUUCAAAACGUACGAAUGUACUUAGUAUCAACUUAUCGAAAUUAUCUACUUAAACUUAUCUAAUAAGAAUCAAUAAUUAUUUACCGUCUAUUGCUACUUAUAAUCCAGUAAAUUUGUCGAAUUUUGUAACCUGGCUCUUUUGCGUCAAAUCCGGUAGUUCUGAUUUUUUGCAGACUUGUUUAUGAUGUUAGCCCAAUGAAUAAUCCAAGUUUGUGACUUCGAGCGCCGAACGCAACUUUGUCAAAAAUCGAAUAAACCGCAAUUUUUUUUAGAUUUAGGCGAUUAUAACCCUAAAGUACUAGUUUUUGGUAGUAACUUCCUAGGGCGUUUUUAAAGUAGACUAAAUUUGCUACAAUAAGACACUAGAAUUGUCUCUGUACAUCUAAUAUUUUUCGAGAUAAAGCCUUUCAAAAUUUUAUAUUUAAAUUUUUAUAUUUUUAAAUAUUUUUUCAAAAUAGGCACUCAUACAUUUUUUUAUGGAAAAUAAAUAUUUUGUAGAACGCGCCGGUGAUGAAUUCCAUAUAAAUUACCUACCUAACCCUUAUAUUAUAGCUAAGAACUGAUGUAAAAUUAUAAAACUUUGAAAGGUUUUAUUUCGGAAAAUAUUAGAUGUACAGAGACAAUUCUAGUGUCUUAUUGUAGCAAAUUUAAUCUACUUUAAAAGCGCCCUGGGAAGUUACUAUCAAAAACUAGUACUUUAGGGUUAUAAUCGCCCAAAUCUAAAAAAAAUUGCGGUUUAUUCGAUUUUUGACAAAGUUGCGUUAGGCGCUCGAGGUCACAAACUUGGAUUAUUCAUUGGGCCAACAUGAUAAACAAGCCUGCAAAAAAUCAGAACUACCGGAUUUGACGCAAACGAAAAAUGUAUAAUUUUACUGUAUUAUUAGCAAAGCUCGAAUACUUCUAUUUUUAAACCUAUAGAAUAUGUAAGUGAUUCUAAUGUCAUUUUAUUAUUUAUUAUCUGUAAUGUUUACGUAAUUAUUUGCUAAACAUAUACAUAUAUUGACGUAAUCUUUAUGGUGGAUAUAAAAAAGUAUACAAUUGUAAGAAUGAUUACAAUACAUCUUCAAUAAUUAGGUUUUUUUUUAAAUACAUACAUGAAAGUAUAUUAAAACGCCCAAGGUAUUUAUCUAACGACAUUUACAAGGUAUUUAUUAAUAGGUACCUUAAUUCACGGCAUGCGAGCUAAAUUAUAGUAUUUAUAUUUCAUUAUUUUAAUGAAAACAGUAUGUCAAUUCAAUUUUAUGGAUAAAUGUGACAAUUAUACUUAAAAACUACGUUAUAGUAUCGAUAUACGAUUGACAGUAUUUUAGUUUUGUAAAUGCAGGUUUUGUGUAAAAAUUUAGAAGUAAGAUUUAUAUGGGACCAAUGACAAGUCAACGCUAUUAAUGCAUUUUUUUAAAUAAAACAUAUUACAAUGUUUAUUAACUUAUGUAUUUAAUGUCAGUACAAACGAACGCAUUAUGGAAACUCACAAUUUUUACAAUAAACUUUUAUAAAUAC